AUGGCAACUGGAUCUCAUAUUUCUGCUGUAUUAAAAUUUUAUAACAUUGCUGUAGAAUGGUUACGACAAUCACUCUUUAGUGAACGUAUUCUCCCUGAUUCAGAAAAAGCAUCUAUUGGAAUGCAAAAAGUCAAAGAAAAAUUCAUGGAUAUAUGGAUGAAAUUAUAUGAUAAUAAAGAUUUCCAUUCAAUGGCAGUUUUUGCAACUGUAUUUAAUUCAGCUGAUCAUAAAAAAGAAUUUCAAAAUCGUUUCUCAAAUAGAAAAGUUGAUGCAUUCACUCUACCAACUAUGUUUGAUUCCAAAAGUUGUUAUUCUAAUUACAGAAAAGGAAUUGAUUCAUGUGUUUCAUCUAAACAACCAUUUGUUCCAUUUAUUGGAGUUACUUUACAUCAUAUUUCAUCUAUUCGAUGUGGUCUAGAUACAACAAUAGAAAAUGGUAAAAUUAACUUCCUUAAAUACAACAGUAUUUAUAACUGUAUUGAACAAUUUAAUUUAUACAAAAAAAUACCUUAUCAAUUUACCCCUGUUUAUCAAAUUAUAUCAUUGAUUCUUCGUGGAAUGUCUGAAGUCGAAUACAUGGUUGAUACUGAAAAUAAUUAA